AGGAUGCCUGGCAUACAGGAGUACAUCCAGCAGCCCAUUUUGAAUGGUCUGCGAGACAAAGCGUCCUAUGUGAGGAGAGUAGCUGUUCUUGGCUGUGCAAAGAUGCAGAAACUCCAAGGUGACACCGAAGUGGAUGGCAUGCUGGUGAAUGAGCUAUACAGUUUGCUUCGUGACCAGGAUCCCAUUGUUGUGGUGAAUUGUCUGAGGUCUCUAGAAGAGAUUCUGAGGCGGGAAGGAGGAGUUGUCAUCAACAAGCCCAUAGCCCAUCACCUUCUCAAAAGAAUGUCUGACUUAGACCAGUGGGGACAGAGUGAGGUGCUGGCCUUCCUGCUGCGCUACAAACCUCGCAGUGAAGAAGAACUCUUCGACAUCCUCAGCUUACUAGAUGGGUCCCUCAAGAGCAGCAGCCCCAGUGUUGUGAUGGCAGCCACCAAACUCUUUCUAGUGUUGGCUAAGGACUUCCCACAGGUACAGACAGAUGUACUAGUUAGAGUGAAGGGGCCAUUGCUGGCGGCCUGCACCUCCGAGAGCCGGGAGCUCUGCUUCACUGCCUUGUGUCAUGUACGCCAGAUCCUGAGAAGCCUGCCUGGCCACUUCAGCAGCCAUUACAAGAAGUUUUUCUGUUCCUACUCGGAGCCCCAUUACAUUAAAUGUCAGAAGAUGGAAGUGCUGUGUGAGCUAGUGAACGAUGAGAAUGUGCAGCAGGUGCUGGAGGAGCUGAAGAGUUACUGCACUGAUGUGUCAGCCGAGCUUGCCCAGGGGGCCAUCUUUGCCAUAGGCAGCAUUGCCAGGACGUACACAGAGCAGUGUGUGGGGAUUCUAACGGAGCUCCUAGGGCUUAAGCAAGAACAUAUCACUUCAGCUGUGGUGCAGGCUUUCCGGGACCUGGUGUGGCUUUGUCCCCAGUGCACUGAGGCUGUGUGCCAGGCUCUGCCCAGCUGUGAGGAGGCCAUGCAGGACAGUGAGGGCAAGCAAGCGCUGAUCUGGCUCUUGGGAGUGCAUGGGGAGAGAGUUCCCAAUGCUCCCUAUGUUUUGGAGGACUUUGUAGAGAAUGUGAGAUCGGAGACGUUUCCAGCAGUGAAGAUGGAGUUGCUGACAGCUUUGGUCCGACUCUUCCUGUUUCGUCCUGCCGAAUGCCAGGACAUACUUGGGCGACUGCUCUAUUACUGCAUAGAGGAAGAGACUGAUAUGGUGGUACGGGACCGGGGCCUGUUCUACUAUCGUCUCUUACAAGCUGGCGUGGAAGAUGCGAAGCAGGUGCUGUGCAGCCCCAAGUCUGAUCCCUCUUUAGGACUCCUGGAGGAUCAGGCUGAGCGACCUGUGAACAAAUGGGCUUCGGAGUUUAACACAUUGGUGCCCAUAUAUGGGAAAGCACGUUGGGCAGUUGUCACUGCUAACUGGGCAACGGAGCCGCGCUGCAGAGGUUUUCCCUGUGCUGCUCCCAUGAUUGCAGGAACAGAGUCACUGAUUUCAGAAGGGAAUAAAGAAGUUCUCCAGGUUCAUUCCGACUUGGCUGGCUUGACUUUAAUCCCCAAGGCACACCUGACUGCGGAGCAGUUUGAGAAGACCUGGCUGAGUCUGGAUGUGAACUGCCAGCAGGCUCUGCCCUGGCAUGGAGCUGCUCACCCAGACACCAUACAGACUGCGCUUCAGGUUGUCCACAUCCAGACUAUUGCUAUGAGCAAAGCUGGUGCCCAGCCAUGGAAGGCCUAUCUCAGUGCCCAGGAUGAGUCUGGCUGUCUCUUCCUAACAGAACUGCUGCUUGAGACCAGGAACUCAGAGAUGCAGGUUUCAGUAAAGCAGAGUGAGGAGAGGACUGAAGCGCUGCAACACUUUAUCUCAGUGUUAAGAACUGUAAUGGGGACAGUCCAAGGGCUGAAAUCCUGAUUCCUCUAAGCCCUGCUUGGAGCAGGCUCACUCGGGGUGUAGGGAAGAUCUUUUCUAUGGCUCGGUGUGGUGUUUACUGAAAUUAAAUUGCUCUUCUUCUGAACUGUUUGUAAGACCCUUGAACAGCCCCUGAUCUGCCUUAGAGCUGCCAUUAGUGCCAGUGGGAAUAGUGUGUGGCCCAGGGGCAGCAUAUGGUGUGAGUGUAGCUAGUUUCCUCCCAUGCUGCAUUAUAACAGGUGCAUGGGAAAGAUUCAAAAUCCAUCAAGGUCUCGCAACUCCGAAGGCUGGGGGAUGGAUCAUCGGUCUGAUGCUUCUGAUAUGGUCACUGAAGCAGGAGCAACUCCAGUGCUAGUUAACAUGAAUAAAAGAGAGAUUAAAUAUUGGCGUCAGAUCUCUCUAGAGAGGACUGGGAGUGGAGUGAGCUGCUAGCCGAAUAGGAAUUGGGACUGUGAGUAGUACUUCUUCAGGACCAGAAACAAACAAACAAGUCGAGGUGGGCACAGCCCUGGUUUAGUUAGAAUUAUGUGUAACCAGUUAAAAGCGUUUUUGAGAAUUUGAGCCUGGAGUUGCUUCUCUCAUGUUAAGAGGUGCAGAGAGGGCAGAAUAACUCCUUGGUUCUGUUUCUGGAAGAAUUUUCCAGUGCUUGGUUCUCUUCUCAAAGUAUUUAAUCUCUCCAUCGGUGAAUGCAGUUCUGUGGGGAGCGUCCCUUCAGGGUUAGGAACUCUGCUUUAAAGGGAUUUGAAGUGGGGGAGAGCACCCGUUUUCUAAAAAAUCAGGAUUUUUUAUUUAAAAAACCCAAACGUGUAUUCUAAGUGAAAUACAUCAUUGCAGAGGAAGAAUUUAUCUCUGAAUUCCCACCUCAGCUUUUAGGUUCUGUGGUGAUGGAACUGUAGGAACACCCAAGAUUGAGUGAGUUAUCCCAAGGCCACAGUGGGCAUGAAUUAAUACGGCACAGCCUGACUAGGUCACUAGGCUAGCUGACUCUUCACUGCUAAUGCUAAUCUUUGCACUGUUGCAGUUGACGUAGCUAACCUAUAUCUUUACAAGAGGAAUAUUUUGUUUUUGUUUUUUUAAACCAAGUUUUACCCAAACUUGUUGCUUUUUAAAUAGGACUGUUAUGUAAAGCUUCUUGUGCUUAGCAACACUCAUCCCCUUUGCUCAGAAAAUCCUGCAAGUGCUCUGUCCAGCAGUGUGGUGUAUCAUGUUCCUGGUUUUAUUGCUGCAGCUUUAGUAUUCUUUACAUCCCCCUGCUUUUGUUCAGUUAUUAAUUCCCCACUAGAUCCAUGUGGGGCAGCUUGUCACAGGUAUUUCUCACAGCCAUGCAUAGCCUUGUGUUUCAAUAUUUUUUCUUUUUCCCUCCACUUUUCUGGUUUUCCUUGUUUACUAUUCCCAUGUUUCUACCCAGGGUUGGGCAUAUUCUGCGUACUCUUUAUUUUUUUAGAUGUUUAUCUCCGUGCAUUUGUUAUAAUUGUCCUUGGCUACCUCACGGUCAGGCUUUUUUUUCUUAAUCCUUUGCUUGUUUUUUGCUGUUUGUCUGAUCUAUUUGAGUAAAGCACCAAGUUACAAUGAUGCCCUAAUUGCCCAGUGUGAUUGUUGUUGGAAUUGAAUUAAGCAUUCUCACCUGUUCAAUUUAUUGAAAACAUGCAUUUUUUUAAGCUCGAAAAUAAGUUUCCUCCUCAGGUAGUUCUUACCCGUGAAUUCCUUAGUUUGUGCUGGUGUCUCCUCUCAGAGGAGAAGAAUAAAAAUAUACAGUUUCCAGAGCCUUUGCAUGACUGUUGAGGAGUCUUAGACUAUGACACCCUGUAAAAGCAGCUGUCUCCCAAGCAGCCCCUUGUGGCCUUGAGUGGCUCUCCAGUUCUGUCUUUAAGCUGUGUCUACACUGCACACUGCUGGCAGCAGCAAGUACUGUACACGUAGCUAUGUGCCCUAGUGAAAACCAGGCUGUGUCCAUGCUGCGGUGUGUAGCUACGCAUGUCAAUUAAAGGUGCUGGCAGCUAGCCUUCCUGCACUUCCAGAACCUCUCACUGUGGCAUGAAAAGGCUCCAGCAGCAGGACACAACACUGCUAAAACUAACAGUGUAGCUGAGGGAGGCAUUGCUCGGGUAUGCAAAGAGCUGGGUAGGGUACAUACUCCAGUGUUUGGACACUGCUGUUUAUACCUGUGCUAGAGGGGCAUGCAGUGUAUAUACUCGAUGUGCUGCCAUGUGGAGUGUGCAGUGGAGACAGACCCUUAGUGUUCUUCUUCAGGGCUCCGCAGUAAACUACAUGCAGGCUUCUCUCUGUUCAGCCAUGGCUCCUUAGGGGCUGGGCUUAUUAACUUCAAAAUCCCCAAAUAAAGUUUAUGAAGUUCAGCUCAACUGGCUGCUUUUAGUAGGCCACUCCCAACCCUUCCUGGAGUGUUUUUGUCUUUUCCGCUGUAGCCUGCACCAGGAGCCUCUUGCUCACUGCUGCUCUUACACUGUAUGCCGCUGUUUCUUGUUCCCCUCUCUUGCUAGAGACCAGCUGUCCUCUAUCAUGUGCCACUGUGAAGUUGGGAAAUGAGGCACUGGUGGGCUGAACCAACUUCCUCCUAAGGCAUGUCUACAUUGCCCCUUCCCCCCC